AUGGCUUCACUCGCAACAGCUUGCCGCCUCUCGGCGAGGAUGGUGCGCAGGGCACCCGCAGAGACGGCCAUCCGAGGAUUCCGCUCCUCAGCACGAUGCGCCGCCGCCCAGAACUUCACCAUGCCUGCCCUGUCCCCGACCAUGACGGAGGGCAACAUCGCCACUUGGAAGGUCAAGGAGGGCGACAGCUUCUCCGCCGGCGACGUCCUUCUCGAGAUCGAGACCGACAAGGCCACGAUGGACGUUGAGGCCCAGGAUGACGGCAUUGUCUUCAAGAUCAUGUCCGGCGACGGCAGCAAGGCCGUCCAGGUCGGCACCCGCAUCGCCGUCUUGGCCGAGGCUGGUGAUGACGUCUCCCAACUUGAGGUCCCCGCCGACGAGUCCGCCGCCGGCAAGACGCCCCAGCCCGAAGAGGAGAAGAAGAAGAAGAAGGAGGAGAAGCUCGAGGCCAACGCCGACGAGCAGGACAGGAGGGGCUCCCCUGCCGAGAAGAACACGGCCGACGGCAAGGUCCACAAGCAAAAGUACCCCUUGCUCCCCUCGGUCCAGAGCCUCGUCCACCAGCACGGCAUCGACGCCGACACGCUCUCGAGCAUCACGCCCACCGGCCCCCAGGGCCGCCUCCUCAAGGGCGACAUCCUCGCCCACCUGGGCACCAUCAACCGCGACACGCCGGCCAAGAUCACCGAGCGCUUCGCCAAGCUCGCGGUCCUCGACCUCAGCAACAUCAAGAUCGCCGACAGGGCGCCCAACGCCACCCCGACCACGGGCCCCAAGCCCGCCCCCGAGCCCGCGGCCCCCGCCCCCGGCCCCGCCCCGCCGGCCAGGACCCAGGUCGCCCUCCCCAUCUCCCUGGCCCACGUCGCCGAGGCCCAGCGCCGCAUCCAGGACACCCUCGGCGUCUUCAUGCCCGUCUCGACCUUCAUCGCCCGCGCCGCCGACAAAAAAAAUGAAGUCCUUGCGGGCGGUCGCGGCGUCGUCCGCACCAAGGUCCCCCCCAAGCCUGCCGCCGCUGCUGCCGCCGCCGCCGCGCGGGAGGGCGUCAACACGUCCGGGAGGAACCUGUUCACCCUCGUCGUGCCGAGGGGUGACGAGAAGCGCGCCGCCGUCUUCCUGGAGAGGAUCAAGGUCAUCCUCGAGAACGAGCCGGGACGCUUGGUGCUGUGA